GAUGACGUAGGUACGCCCUCCAGUUUAGCUGUAGCAGGUGGAUGUUGACAUGAAUAGUAAAAUCAUUAGCUAGCUAGAUAUGUAUUUUUUUCUUAUGGCUGUGACGACCUGUAUUGCCCGAGAAGAAAUGUAUAUCAUUUUGUUUGAUUUGCAGUACAUUUUGUGGUCUCUUCGGGAAGCGGUCACUGGUUAGCCUAGUUAGAUAGCUAGCACGUUAGCUGUCAAUGGUAAAUCGUGCAACGGCAUGGGUCAACUGCUGUCAGAAAUGAGCUCAAUAUAAACUUUUGUGCCUAUUUUAUUCCCAGCAUUUAUUUACACAACAUGCCACUAUAUAGGUAGCAGCUAUCGUUUCUUUAUUUGCAUGCAGUGUAAGUUAGCUAGCUAGCACAAAAAUGUGUUAAUUAAAGAAAUGUAGGCGAGUCGACAAGGCAGGACCAUGACAUUAUCAGAGGUAAACUGGCUCUGGCAGCCAAAACAGUCAAAUUCUCCCUCUAAACAUGAAUCGAUUCUCAAUUGCGAUAUGGUUCUAGAAACAUAAGAUAUACUUUCAUAACACAUCAAAUUAUUUCUCAAAUGCAAAAUAUACACUUACUGUACUCUUUUAGUUCAGUUCAGUUACAACACUUCUGGCGUCCUUUCAUUACACACAGGCGUUUGGUGACGCUAUAGUUUACUAGAACGGGUCAACAAGCGCUGUAACAUGGACAUGUGGGAACCCAAACGCUAUACAGAGAUGUCUUCCCAGGCUUCUCUCCGACCUGCGGUGGUCCUGUCACUGGUUCUGGUUGUGUGGGCAUUGACAGGGCUGACCCAUGCCCAGCCCAAGGCUUCUGUCCUGGACUUCUCAGCCAGCCUGGGUAACCUCCUCCCAAGCCUCAGCCGACCAGCCAACUCCAGCCGGAUCUUCUAUGGGGUAAUGUUUGACGCUGGCAGCACUGGCACACGCAUCCACGUCUAUACCUUCAUACAGAAAGACCCUGAGGAGUUACCAGUGCUGGAUAAUGAGAUGUUCCAUUCCAUCAAGCCUGGUCUGUCAGCAUAUGCAGACAUGCCUGAAAUGGGUGGGUACACAGUGAGGCAGCUUCUGAAAGUGGCUAAGAAAACCGUCCCCCGGCUGGAAUGGAAGAGAACCCCGCUGGUCUUGAAAGCUACAGCAGGACUCAGGCUUCUGCCCUCAGAGAAAUCCCAGGCUCUACUGGAACAGGUGCAGGAUGUUUUUGAUGAAUCUCCCUUCUUCGUCCCAGACGAUAGCGUCAGCAUAAUGAAUGGUACAAAUGAAGGAAUCUUGGCGUGGGUUACUGUGAACUUUUUGACAGGUCACCUGUAUGCUGAGACCAGGGAGACAGUGGGGAUUCUGGAUCUGGGGGGAGGAUCAACUCAAAUCACUUUUCUUCCUAAAUCCAAGAAAACCAUUGGAAGUUCUCCUGAUGACUACAUUGCCAGAAUUGACAUGUUCAACUCGACAUAUGAACUCUACACUCACAGCUACCUGGGUAAUGGACUGAUGGCAGCUAGACUGGCAGCCCUAGGAGCACUGGGGGCAGACGGGUUAGAGUGGAGAGUGUUCAAAAGCUCCUGCCUGCCAAAGAAGUUCAGAGAGGAGUGGAGCUUUGGAGGACUCACCUACAUAGUCAGUGGGAAACCUGAUGGUUAUGUGGGAUACAAGCUGUGUUACCAGGAAGUGCUGAAAGUGGUAAAGGACAUAGUUCACCAGCCCUAUGAGUUGAAAGACACCAGUGUGUUCUACGCUUUCUCCUAUUACUUUGACCGAGCCGUGGAUGCAGGCCUUAUUGACAGGACCCAAGGAGGAAUGCUGGAGGUCAGGGACUUCAAGAAGAGAGCUAAAGAGGUGUGUAACAAGAUGUCUAAGUAUCGUCCGAUCAACCCCUUCCUGUGUAUGGACAUGACCUACAUCACCUGUCUGCUCAAAGACGGCUUUGGCUUCAAGGAGAACACUGUACUGCAGCUGACUAAGAAAGUCAACAACGUGGAGACAAGCUGGGCUUUAGGUGCCACGUUCAACCACUUCCAGAACCUAAAGAUCCACAGAUAGACAAGGAGCCACGGGUCUGGGUGGGCAGGAGGGGAAAACCACUGGAUUAGAUGGUGCUCAAAAAUAAAUGGACUGAGGAACUAUUGUUGUUUUAAACAUAACAGCCUUCGUUCCUGCCUUGUUGUGGAUUGUAAUGUCUUAAAAAUAUGCCUUGCAUCUUUGACUUACUAUUUGACUAUCAAGAUUUGACAUUUCUGAGAUAACAUUACAAUUGUUCCAACUAUUUUUGUUACCCAACACCUAAAUGGUUGGUCCUAUAGUUCAGUAGGUCUGUUGUUUUCAUGUGACUGGUUGCUAUAGCACAGUGGUCUCAUAUUAUUUACAUCUCUAUUAAAGCACUGGGGGCUGUCGCUGACUGAAACGCCACUUAGUUGUGUUACUGUAUAAAAGGUGGAUAUUUUGACCGUCUGUUUAAUAUCACUUGGGUGUGAUCUUUAUCUUCAUUAAAAAAAUAAACUGG